UCAUGUGACCAUCUGCUCUGGUUUUUAGAGCCGCUCUCAGUCAGACUGUCAGAGUUUGUCGGGAGAGCUCAGGAACAUGGCUUCAUCCUUUCUCUGCUUCACCCUCCUCUUCCUCACCAUCUGCACAGCAGAUGGAUAUGAGUGUUACACUUCGGCUCGCUGCCUGUUUAACUCCACUGAGCUGAAGGACAUCGAGUUCAUCUCUUCUUAUUAUUACAACAAGCUGGAGUAUGUCAGGUUCAGCAGCAGUGUGGGGAAGUUUGUUGGAUACACUGAGUUUGGUGUGAAGAAUGCAGAAUACUGGAACAAUGAUCCUUCACUGCUCGCUCAAAUGAGAGCUCAGAAGGAGACAUACUGCCAACACAACUGUGGGCUCUAUUACACAAAUGUUCUGACAAAAUCAGUGAAACCAUCAGUCAGACUUCACUCCAUGACGCCCCCUGGUGGUCAUCAUCCUGCCAUGUUGGUGUGCAGUGUCUAUAACUUCUACCCCAAACAAAUCAAAGUGAGCUGGUUGAGAGACGGACAGGAAGUGACCUCUGACAUCACUUCUACUGAAGAGUUUGCAAACGCUGAUUGGCUCUACCAGGUCCACUCUCAAUUGGAAUAUCUGCCCAGGUCUGGAGAGAAGAUCUCCUGUGUGGUGGAGCACGCCAGCCUGGAGGAACCUCUGAUUAUUGACUGGGUCCCACCCAUGCCUGAAGCAGAGAGAUUGGCUAUCGUUGGAGCUGUAGGACUGAUCCUGGGUCUGAUCUUAUUUCUGGCUGGAGUCAUCUACAGGAGUCGAGAUCCAUCUUCAUCUCACAGGUUCAGUGAGAAGCAGGCAGAGAGCUGGAACAAAGAUCCUGCAGCUCUGAGCUUGUGGAGACCUCAGAAGGAGAUGUUCUACAAACCCGGCUCUGAGCUCUGCUGCACAAAUGUUCUGUCUAAGUCAGGAAUGCCGUCAGUCAAACUUCAUGCCAUGAUGCCCCCUGGUGGUCAUCAUCCUCCCUUGUUGCUCUGCAGCGUCUAUGACUUCUACCCCAAACAGGUCAAGAAAGACGGACAGGAAGUCGCCCCUGAUGUCACUUCCAGUGGUGGGACAGCAGCAGCUGAUGGGCUUUGUCAGGCUUUAGUAGACCACCUGGAGGCCAGGACUUGCUCUGGUUCCCAGUAGCUGAUCCUGAUUGUGGACCUGGACCUGGUUCUGCUUCUGUCCAUCAGCUGGAAGCAGAAGCAGCAGCUGCUGUGAGCUUCCUGUUUCUCUGAACUGGAUCCUGUGAAAUUUUAAAGCCUCCUGUUCCACAGCCUGAUAAAGAAGACGUGGAAAUUGCUUCAGUUUUUUGUAGAUCAAAGUGAAAUUAAUGUCACUGAUUGAACGUGAAUUCGUCCAUAAGAUUUUAUAAGAAUGCCUCAGUAAUUAUAAUAAAGUUUCACACAAAGAAGAGCUGACAACAGCAGGGCUUACUCCACCCUCUGAGGUGGAGGUAGAGAGGAAACUGCAUGUUAAUGCCUGUUUAAAGACGUCAGGGCUCAUUUAUGGAGGAGUGGAGCUUUGACCUCUUAUCCAGUCAGCCUGUAAACUCUCAGAAAGCUUCCAAGUACAGCGAGUCUAUAACAUCAUUAAUAUGCUGUCAUCAUAAAGAGCUCUGAACACUGGAGCAGUGUUGGAGUUAUUACUCAGAAAAGUAAUGCAGUACUUUACUCUGUGUAACUCUGUGUAAUUUGUUACACUGCUCUUUACUUUUGCAUUCCUGUGUAACACGGCCUGAAAGGCUCUGACAGCAGAAACUUGAAUAAAGAAAGAAAUCAAAUAAAUAAAUGGA